AUGCAUAUCUCCUUGGAUCAUCCUGUCUCGCUGAUGAGCCUUGGUGAAUUCACUUACAAAAAUGCGAUCCCCGAUAAACUAGUGGACAAAGGCACACUUCGAGACAGAGGGGGUAUCCAAGAAGUUGGAGAGUGCCUCGGUUGCUGGUUCCGCAACUGGGUAACAUUCUGGAACAGGUACGCCGCGAAACAGGCUUCAGCGAUCGCGGUGCUGUUGAAAGCAUUCACUUCUCUCAAGUCCAUUAAAGCAUGGAACUCUUCGCCAGACUGUGGCGGUGCUGCCAACCUCUGGGUGAUGGACUCUCUGCCCAAGGACAGAUUAGACGCCAUCAACAUACCUGGCCUCGCUGAAUGCGCUGUACAGGCGAGCAAGUUUGCUAGCGGACGCCCAAUGAUAUAUGUAUUCGGACAUUAUCAUUUCGGCUGGGGAGUCGAACGUGUGAGAUGGAAUGGUGACAAUGGAGUGGCAGAAGCGCAGAUCUUUGACCCUGUCGAAGGAGCGGCGACAGGUCAAAACGACCGCUAG